AUGUUGCUCUGCAGGAUCGCUGGGGUCGUCGGGGGCAUCUCCUGUGCCUUCGCUGGUCUCUGGAACUGUGUCACCAUCAACCCCCUGAACAUCGCUGCUGGCGUGUGGAUGAUGCUCAACGCCUUCGUGCUGUUCCUGUGCGAGGCCCCGUUCUGCUGCCAGUUCAUCGAGUUCGCCAACGUGGCGGCUGCGCGCGCCGAGCGGGGAGCUGCCUGGCUCUGAGGACUGUCUCUCCCCAGGAUGGCCGCCUUCCCGGUCGCGCUCAGCCUGUCGCUCACCACGCUGCUCGGGAACGCCGCCGCCUUCGGCACCGGGGUCCUGUACGGGCUGUCGGCGCUGGGCAAGAAGGGAGAUGCCAUUUCCUAUGCCCGGAUCCACCAGCAGCAGAAGCAAAUGGAUGAAGAGAAGCUCACAGGGGCCACGGAGGGACAGGCUCUCUGA